AUGGAAAUAGAUAAAAAUAAUAAUUAUUCUCUACAUGAUAAUAAAAAAAUAAAUAAUCAAGAAUCCACUAAAAAUAAUAUUCUUUUUGAUAACAUAAGUAAAUUAAAUCAAGAAAAAAAUGAAGAUAGCUGUGUAUGUAAUACAUCAUCAUUAAACAAUAAUGAAAAAAUAAAAUCUCAAAACUAUAUGCGUAAUAAUUUAAGUAGUAAUGCAAAUAAUUAUAAUAAACAUUCAAGAAUUUCAUUUGGUCAUAAUAAAAAUGUCAAAGGUGAAUAUUAUGAAAAUAACUUUCCGAAUGACAAUUUUAGAUUAACAAAAGAAUUAUUGGACGAUUUAAACAAAAGAAACCAGGAAGAUGAUGAAGAUAGUGAUAGUCAGAAUUUUUUAAUAUAUGUUAAGAAAAUAAUAGAAGAAAAAAAAGAAUUGAAAAAAAAAAAAAAUAAUAAUAAUAAUAAUAAUAAUACUAGAGAAAUUAGUAAUGCAAAUCUCGAAUUUUCAAAUAUAGAAACAUAUCAAACAAUUAAUGAUAAUAAUUCUUUAUAUAGUGAUGAAUCAACAAAAGUAUUUGUUAAUAAGAAAAAUAAAGUUAAAAUUAAUAUGUGUGAAAAUCCAUGUGAUAUGUGGUAUGGGUUAAAAACAAAAAAUGGAAAAAAUAUUUUUAUUAACAGUUUAAAACAUAAAAAUAAAAAUAAAAAGAAGAGAAAAGAAAAAUCCAAAAAUAUUGAUAAAUAUUUUAUUAGCAAAAAAAACAAAUAUAAUAAAUGGAAUUCUAAUUAUUACAUGAAAUUAAAUAAUAAUGAUGAUAGUAUUUCAGUCAAUACUAUAGCUACUAUGCAUAUUGAUGGAAAUUAUAAGUAUAAUGAUAAAAAAGAUAGUAGAAAUACAAAUAUUAAUUCACGUCAUAAUUAUUAUAAUAAUAAUAAUUUUAAAAAUUACAAUAGUAAAAAUUUUGUAAAUAAUAUUCCAUAUGAUAAAACUAACAAAAAUAAUAUAAAUAAUGAUAAAAUUAUUAAACAAACAAAAAGAAAAAAUAAAAAGAACAUGUCUUGGUCAAAUAAAAAUAAUAAUUAUGUAAGUACAAAUAAUGCUCAUUAUGUUUCAACCAGGAAUUAUGGAAAUAAUUAUUUUGAUAAUAAAAUAAUUAAUUUUAAUAAUGAUAUAAAAUCUUAUGACAACAGAAAUAAUAUUGAUGAAAAUAAUAACAUAUUUAACAGUAAUAUAAAAUUAAAGGACCAUAAUAAUAAUAACUUAUCAAAUGUUAAUACAAAUAAAUAUUCCCUUGCAUGUGAAUAUAAUAAUAUAGAAAAAAAAGAAAAUAAAAAUAGCAAUGUAAUACAUCAUAGUAAUAAUGGAAUUAACAAUACGAUUAAAAUCAAAUAUUAUAAAAAUAAUCCAAAUAAUAUAAAUUAUCAGAAUGAUAAUACUAAUACUCAUGAAAAAAAUACAAAUAAUACUAUUAAUUCUAAAAAUAAUUAUAACAAUGAUCAAUCCACUUGUUUAAAUAAAAUUAAUGUUAUAGAUUAUCAUUUAUUAAGUACCACCACAAAAAAAAAUAAUGCACCAAAUAAUUCAUCUUUAAACAAAAGUUGUUCCACAAUGUGCAAUAUGGGUAAUAAUGAAAAUAAUGUAGAAUUUAGUAACAAUUAUUACGAUAUAAUAGAUUGUAAUAAAACUGAAUUCUUUGAUAAUAAUAAAAUUAGUAUUGAUAAAAUCAUUACCUACAAUAGUUCAGUAUAUUCUUAUAAUGAUAAUAAUAUAAACAAUUCUAUCUCCAAUAAGGUACAUAAAUUAAAUACCCAUACUAAUAUAAAUGGUUUUCAAAUGAAUACUAAAGAACAUGAUAAGAAAUAUCAUUCAGAUCCAGUUAUGGUUGAUUAUGUUCCUCUUGUUCAAAAUAAUACAAAAGAAAAUAUAAAUAACAGCUGUUACAAUUAUAUAAAUACAAAAUAUAAUAAUAAAAACUUUAUAGGAAAAAAUAUUAUUAAUAACAAUAAAAUAUCUAUUUUAAAUAAUUGUAAUUGUGCAGAAAAUAAAAUAUCUUCAGAGGAUUUAAAUAAAAGAAGUGGUAUCAUUUGGAGCAAAAAGUGUGAAACUUGUAAUAGUAUAAAUAUUACAAAUGAGGUUAAUAAUGAAAAUAAUAAAAUACACGUUCAUGCUUUUAAUAAAAAAACAGCUGAAACAUUUGGAUGUAACAAGUCAUUUAAUGAAAAAAUACAUUUAAAUUAUAAAAAUAAUAAUCAUAAUGCAAACCUAAAUUAUAACAAAUCAUACAAUGCUAAUAAAAUUAAUAAAGAUGAAAAUUUAAGUAACAUAGAAGGAAAAGACAAAGUGAAUUUCAUUGGUUCUCUACAUGUAAAUGAUCAAAAUAAAAAAUAUAAAAAUUAUUAUUAUAACAAUCUAAAAUUUGACUUGAGUUAUGAAUCAGAAGAAGAUAAGAAUAAAAAAAAAAAAAAAAAAAGGAAUAUGCCUUUUAACAGUAAAUCAAUUUAUAAAAAUGCUAGAGAACGGGUUCAAUCAAUAUUAGCUAUUAGAAGAGGGAUAGCAUAA